AUUACUGUACUGCGUUUGUUAUGAUCGAAACAUUUACAAAUUAUUUUUAACGCCCUUAAUAGCUUAGAGCAACAUGAAGAAACAGAAAACAUGGAUGAUUAUUACCAUACUAUUUGUUUGUAUAAAACAUGGGAGUUUUGGAUUUCGCUGCGACAGAAGACCGUACGCAUCGACAACGCAAUCUCAGCCUUCUGAUGGCCGAUUCAAGUUGACUGUCGAUGGAAGCGAGGGUACAUACAUUCCAGAUCAACUGUAUAUAGUAAAAAUCGCUGAAACGGACGAAGAAUCGAAAUUCACAGGGUUUAUGAUAUCAGCCGAGGGUGAAAUUAAGCCUGAUCCAAAAAAUCCGAGGCGAAUGAUAUCCCUUUACCCCGGAGAGUUAAGACCCCAGAAUCCUCUCACUGCUAAGUUUAGUGACCGUUGUUUGUAUUCGGUGGAGCACACAAUGUCGUCUCCUAAAUCUUCUGUCGAGGUUUAUUGGCAAGCUCCACAGUCAGGAAAUGGCUGUAUAACAUUACGAGCGAUGGUUGUGGAAAAUGAAGAUGUCUGGUUCGAAGAUGGUGCGCCACUGACACAGAUUCUAUGUGAAGAUAUGCGGCAGCCAGAUGAUGUCACACCAAAACUGAACUACGAGUGCCAGAUUUGCGAUGAGGCAAAAUAUGAGCUAAGCUUCACAGGAAUUUGGUCGCGAAAUACUCAUCCACGCCUCUAUCCAGAAAAUGAUUGGUUACCGCGAUACAGUGACUUAGUUGGCGCCUCUCACGCUGCUGACUUCAUCUUAUGGGCUCCUGGUUCCUUAGCGACCGAAGGAUUCAGAGAUUUCGCGGAGCAUGCAAACGGUAGCAAACUAGAAGGGGAAAUUAGGGAAAAGAUCGGGGACGGAAUUCGAACUCUAAUAAAGGGCAAAGGUCACGGGUAUCGUAGAAUGAGCAACCCAACAUACGCUUUCUUCCGUACGGACAACACAAAUCAUCUCUUCACAGUAGCGAUUGCCAUUCAUCCCUCUCCUGACUGGUUUCUAGGAGUGACUAGAUUUGAACUAUGCCAAGAAGACAACACGUGGCUAAAUGAAAGAGAGUUGAAUUUGUAUCCUUGGGACGCUGGGACAGACAGUGGGGUAUCCUAUGAAUCUCCAAAUUUCGAAACAUUUCCCCAAGACGCUGUGACCAGGGUUCAAAUGAGUACAUAUGACAAAAACUCACCUUUUUACGAGAUGGACAUGAAAGAUCUACAUCCAUUCGGCAGAUUGCAUAUUAAGUUAAUCAGAACCUAUCAUAGGGUUUGUGAUGAGGAGGAAACUGAAACUACCGAAGAAGCACCAUCAUCUACAGAAGAGCCAACUACUGAAGGAAGCGAGGAACCCUCUGAACCCGAAGAGCCUUCCAGGUACCGAUCUGAUCUAGCCCGUCGUUUGGGCGAAGCCCCAAUAGUCACUGACCCGGAUUCAUCGGAGGACUGCCCGAUGUCCCAGUGGCAAGAAUGGAGCCCUUGUGACGGCAAAUGUGACAAUGGCAGGCUUCAUGGCUAUAAAUGGAGAGAGCGGUACCAUCUUGUGGAUGGUAUUGCGGUUGAGAAGUAUGACCCAGACGCGGAUCCAUCCACAAGGAAAGAGGUGCCACGAUUUUGUAAGAAUCAUUACGAAGAUUUCGAGAGGGACGAAUGUGAAGACGACUGUGAACCGGAGGAGAAAGAUGACUUGACGCCUGAAAGAAGAGUUAUGCAGCCUGUGGCACCUGGACAUGCAUGGAAUUCCAAGAGACAUUUAUCCAAACGCAAACAUUUAUAAGUGUAAAAUCUAGUUCUUAAGAAUUAAAAUGAAUAUAUGAUAUCAUAGAAAAAUUAUCGUCUAACAUUGAAUGCUAUUAUCAUGCUAGGAUGUAAAUAUAUAUAAUCAUUCUUCUUGAUCAUGUCAACCAAUGGACUUCCAAGCUGGACAUAGGUGUUUUGAAGGAGUUUCAAAUACCACGGCAAAAUUCCGUGGUAUUUGU